AUGGCAAGAUCCAAUAAAUUAGAAGAUCGGAAGACAAAGAGAAAGUUGACGAAAAACAGAAUAAGACGAGGCGAGGAGGAGGAGGAGGUCGGACGGAAAACGCAACAGCCCAAAAGAAGAUUAACGACUGUUUCGGACGGAGACGCGGCGGUUUCUUCGGCGGCGGCGUCGUCGUCAUCACGGCCGCCCCAAGACAAAUGUUUAUGGAUGCGACGUGGAUUAUUCAAAUGGAAUGGGUCCAGGAGGCGCCUCCUCAAGUGGCCGUCCGAAGACGACCGGUCGGUAAUGUGUCCAGCAAAAAACGCCUUGGCAUUGGUAUGA